GCCUGGCCUUAAGUUCAUGACAAAGUCUGCCUGAACAUUGAAACACAAACUUAUUUAAUAAACACUGUUCAUUUUUUAUUCUGUCAUCAUUUCUUUUUGUCUCCUGAAUGCGGGUUUUCCUUUCAUCUUUGUAUCUGCCUCAUGCAAGUGUUCACUCACAACAAAAAUUACUAUCUUCGACAAUGUUUUAUUUUAUUUUCAAAAAACUAAACCUUGGAUGAUGAAAUUAUAUCAGCAAAAUACUAACAGGCAGCGUAAACAGAUCAACAGUACAGAAGAUAACUGAAAUAGACAACUUAACACUGAAAUACAGUUAAUAUCAUCAUUUGAAUAUUUUUGGUCUUUCUAUUAAAACUUUUAGUCAACCUAUAUUUACAAAAAGUAUAUAAUUAUAAUUUUGCACUAGUGGAUAGUGAAGAAACUUUCCCAUCUUAUGUGGGAUUACAAUCACAUGAUACUCCUGUUAUAGAGAAGUAAUUCUCUUUCACUUCUGGGAUUUUACAAAUUGUUUUUUAGGGGUUGUUAUGUAACACAUUUCUCACUGUAAUUUAUUUAAGUUUAUUUGCAUUUUCUUAUUAUUUCUCUUUAUUGUCUGAAGCAUGGCAGAAUUUAAAGGUGAAGAUGAGAACACAUAUGACCAUGAAACAGUUUCACAUGAAGAAAGACAAACCAGAGACAACAAUAAAACGUUUAGAUUUAUGGUCCUUGGAUGUGAUGAUGCUCUUAUGAAUAAAGCUUGUGCUGCCAUCCUUGGAUUGCCACAAGAUGAGAAUGACAGAAAUAUUUCAGCAUGUGUGGUUAAGGAGGGUGAGAUUAGUGGACGACAGAUCUCUGUGUUAAAAACUCCAUCAUAUUGGCUGGAAAACUUGAAGUCAAACAUGUUUUUCAGCAAUGGAGUCAAAUCUAUUAGAAAUGAGAUGGAGUUUUGUGAAUCUACACUUUUUCCUGGACCUCAUGCUUUUCUGCUGGUGCUUGGUGACGUCCAAAACUCUGAUAAAGAGCAUCUGCUUUUACAAGCUCUGAGUAAUGUCUAUGGAGAGGAUGCUUUAGACUACGCUAUGGUGUUAUUUAUGCGUAAUAACGAGAGACGUGACAUUCUAAAGAACCGCUGUGUCAAGAGGUGCAGGGAGAGAUAUUACGUUUUAGAGGACAAUGAAGACAGUGUUUUAAAUCUGUUGGAAGACAUCGAGGCAAUGACACAAUGGAAACAAAAUAGCUAUUUCACAAAACAUUUUGAGUUACUGGAAAGAGCUAAAAAAUACUUUCAGAAAGAAUGUGAAUCAUGUGAACAAUGGAAAGGAGAAUUAGAGCGAAUGAAAUUGACAGUGAAGGAGAAAAGCAAUGAAAUUACAGAAUUACAGAAAAAACACAGUGAUGAUCUACAUAAAGUAAUACGUGAAUUCAAAGUCAGUGAGAAUCAGCUUAGAAAAGAUUUGAAUCAGCUUGGAAAAGAUUUGGAUGAUUCAAACUUCAGAGAGAAUCAGUUAAGAAAAGAUUUGGAUGAUUCAAAAGUCAGAGAGAAUCAGCUUGGAAAAGAUUUGGAUUAUUCAAAUUUCAGAGAGAAUCAGCUUAGAAAAGAUUUGGAUGAUUUAAAAGUAAGAGACAAUUAUCUUAGAAAGGAUUUGGAAGAUUUAAAAGUCAGAGAGAAUCAGUUUAGAAACUAUUUGGAUUAUUCAAACUUUAGAGAGAAUCAGCUUAGAAAAGAUUUGGAUGAUUCAAAAGUCAGAGAGAAUCAGUUAAGACAAGAUUUGGAUGAUUCAAAAGUCAGAGAGAAUCAGCUAAGAAAAGAUUUGGAUGAUUCAAAAGUCAGAGAGAAUCAGCUAAGAAAAGAUUUGGAUGAUUCAAAAGUCAGAGAGAAUCAGCUAAAGGCUGACAAUAAGAAACUUAAAAGAGAAAUAGAGUUACUCAAAGAAAAAGAAAUGUGUGAAAGACACAGAGAUGUGGAUAAAAGAAAGACUGAACUGGAGACGAGAGAGAAAGAAUCUGCCCCGUCCAGUGAAUCAGAACCUGAACAGUACAUCAGCACAGCAGUUCCUCCUCCUGCUGACAAGACCAGACCUACAGAUGAAGGAGACAGAGCAGAAGGCAGAGAUGAAGCAUCACAAGCCUCAGGAUCAGAUGUGACCGUAGGAUUGAAACGUGUGAGACGACACAGUCUGCCAUAUGGCCCACCAAAUAUGUCUGAAAGUGAACAUGGACCUCUACAUAAUUUGAAAAAAAAGCAGAGCACUGAGGACAAAUUCAGUUUAUAUCUGGAGGCUUUAUAAAGAUGAACAUGUGACCCUGACAGACAGAAGUGUGACUGACAGAAACCAGGUGGUGUUGCAUACUUUGUUCAUGUUAAGUAUUUUACAGAUGAAUACUGGUUAAUAUGUAAAGAUCAAAUGGUGCAGGACCUCUCUGACUACUGGGAGUCAAACAGUAUUCUUCAGUCUCAUCUGACUGCUGGCAAACAGAGGGUUAAUAUAAAUUUUGUUCUAAUGAAGAACAGCAGCCAUAAAAGUUCUUGGUCAUUUAAACCAGACUUAAAAAUGUCUGUUAUGUAACUACAACAUAUCAAAACAAGUGUUAUUAGCUCUAUACAAUGUGAAUAUUUCUGUGAAAUAGAAGAAGUGUUUUACUGAUCACAUGUUGAUCACAACAGUGUGCUUCACAUUGAAGUUUUACACCCUCAUGGAAUCAAUUUGUGGUUCAAAGAAGAUUUAUCAUUGAUUCAGUCUGUUAGUAUAUGAAAGUGAUGUAAUGUAAUGUCCAAUGUAUUCUUACCCAUACUUGGAAUGUGACAUCUGUAUUUAACCCAUCCAAGAGUAGGCCUAGUGAACACACACACACACACACACACACACACACACACACACACACACACACACACACACACACACACACACACACACACACACACACACACACACACACACACACACACACACACACACACACACACACACACCUGACUAUCACUGCAGGGCCCAGGGAGCAAUGGGACACAGGUGGUUUGCUCAAGAGCACCUCAGUUGCAAUCUGGCAAUCUGGUGUUAAAAGCCUGACUACAAUACCAAAAAAGAUCUACUGACUCUGUAAAACACUAAAGGAAAAGAUAGCUCAGGUUCUUGCUCAUCUGUGUGAAUAUACCAUAGGUCUGCUGCAGGUAGAUAAGAGAACAGCAGAUGUGGCAAAAGAAAUCAACUGCAAUGUCCAUCUACUGUGAGACGUCUAAUACAGCUGAUUGUCUCCUAAGACAUGAUUGAGAACUUACAAAUGCCUUAGUGGAUGAGUUGACUAACAUGACACAGCAAGAACUGACAAAACUGGUGCAGUCCAUGAGCAUGAGAUGCACUGACACACAACUGUUCAUUUUGCAUAGACAGGAACUCAUUAUUAAAUUUCUGUUCAUCAAUUGUUUUUGCAAAUUGUUCAGUACUUUAUAUGUCUUAGUUAUUAAACCUUUUUUGUUAAUACAAAUAUGUACAUAAGCUAUUUGCUGUAAAAUAAAGCAGAUGAAUGUGAGAGGGCGUUCUUUUAUAGCCAUCUUCAAAAAAACUGAACGAGAUUAACACUGCAAUAAGAUCACCAUUAUUUUUUACAGUUGAACUACACCAGAAAUUAAAGGUUCAAUCACUAUGCCAAAAAUGUUUUUGUACACAAUGUACAAAAGCUGUCACUGGGGCAGUUCCCUUUAAAAAGGUCCCAUUAUGUAUCAUUCGGGUAUAGCUUCGAAGUACCAUAUGUAUAUUUGAGGUACUAAUAUGCACUCUUUAGGUAUAAAUGUCUAUAUCAAUAUAGGUACAGCGCCAGUGAUAGCAUUGUUGUACCCUUUUCCUUAGAUUUUACGGUAUAAAAGGGUAAAACAAGCUGUGUUUAGUUGGUGUAGAAAGUUAAGGUUCAUUGAUAAGUUCUUCCACUUUGUCUCACUGGUUGUAUUUCCUCAGAAAAUUACUUCUCUGUUACUCAAAGACAUCUUACAAUUUAUUAACUGAUAUUUAAAAAAAUAUUUCCAUAACCCCAGAUAAAAAUCUGUCUGCAGCGUUUUAAACAAUUUGAAGCCUUAUUCCAGACAGCAUACAGAGAAUUACAGCAAUGAGAUAC